AUGAAGGCCGUAGACUUCAUUCGCUCCCAGUUCAAAUCCCUCCCCUACCCCACGGAAGACUGCGCGGGCCGCACCGUGAUCGUGACAGGUUCCAACGUCGGCCUCGGCCUCGAGGCGGCGCGGCACUUCGUCCGGCUCAACGCCGCCAAGGUCAUCCUCGGCGUCCGGUCCACCGACAAGGGCGAGGCCGCCAAGACGGACAUCGAGCUGACGACCGGCAAGCGCAACGUCAUCGAGGUCUGGCCCCUCGACCAGGCCUCCUUCGACAGCGUCAAGGAGUUCGCCGCCCGCGCCGACCGCCUCCCCCGCCUCGACUGCGUCGUCCUCAACGCCAGCAUCGCCACCAGCAAGCGCGCCGACGCCGAGGGCUGGGAGUCCCAGGUCACCGUCAACGUGCUCAGCACGUUCCUGCUGGGGCUGAAGCUGCUGCCGGUCCUCCGGCGCACCGGCGCGCAGCACAACGUGACGCCCAAGAUGGUCAUAACCGCCUCGGACGCGAGCCAGAUGGUGAGUCCCAACCCCUCGUCCUCGCUGGUGUCGGGCUUGUCGGUGCUGGCGUCGAGCUGGAUACUGAUCUUCGGGCGGGGGCAGGCCAAGUUCCACGAGCGGAACGAGGAGGACAUUUACAAGGCGCUCAACGUGAACAAGAGCCUCUCGGACCGGUACAACACGACGAAGCUGAUGCAGAUCGUGAUCGCGCGGCAGAUGGCCAUCGCGGCGGACGCGAGCGGCAAGGGCCGGGUGCAGAUCACGACGCUGAACCCGGGCUUCUGCUCGACGGCGCUGUUCCGCAACGUGCCGUUCCCGCUGACGGUCGUCGUCAAGGUCGCGCUCAAGCUCGUCGCGCGGUCGGCCGAGGUCGGGUCGAGGACCAUCAUGGCCGGGGCGUUCGCCGGGGAGGAGGCCCACGGGCGGUACAUGAGCGACUGCGUCGUCGUCAAGUUCCCCAAGCUGAUGCAGGGCGAGGAGGGGGAGACGAUGCAGGGGCGGGUUUGGGAGCAGACUAUGGAGUUGUUGGAGGGUGUUGAUUCUGGGCUUGCGAGGAAUCUGUGA